AUGGCUGCUGCUGCUACGGGCGGGAGUCCCCUCCGGGAUCUCUGCGACGAAAUCACUUGUCCCAUCUGCCUAGAGUCUUUCAAGGACCCGGUGACCAUAACCACCUGCGGACACAAUUUCUGCCGCGCCUGCCUGAGCUGCUACUGCCAAGGGACCGAGAGAGGCGGCGUCGGCACCCCUUGUCCCCAGUGCAGAAAAACCUUCCACCACGGCCAAAACAUCAUCCCCAACCGGCCGCUGGCCAACGUGGUGCAGAUCGCGGAGAAGUUCCGACGGGCGGAAGAAGAAAACCCGGGCAAAGCCAAUUUGUGUGAAAAGUACCAUCGGCCCGUCAAAAUCUCCUGCCAGCACCAAACCGUCCUCCACUGUGCCAUCUGCGGCACCACCAAGCCGCACAACAGCAACCAUGGGAGCUCAACCAUGCAAAAGGCCAACGACGUAAAUAAGGAAUACAUUGACAGUUUUGUGGAGAUGCUGAAGGAGGCAAAACAAAAUAUUGCCGCACAUCAGUCAGAUAAAGAGAAGGAAAGCAAGGAUUUGCUGAGACAAAUAAAAGAGGAGCGAGGAAAGGCAGCAUCUCUGUUUAAAGAUCUCCACCACUUCCUGAAAGAACAAGAAGAACAAUUUCUGACCCAGAUGGUAGAAGCAGAGGAGGAGAUUACCGUAAAAAGAGAUUCCUUCAUGGCUUUCUUUUCCCAGGAACUUUCACUCUAUGAAAGGAUCAUCCAGAAGAUAAAAAAUUCUCAGCAGCCCAACAACGAUCUUUUUAUGGAAAUCUUAAACAGCUUGCAGAGUGAAGAAAAGAUUACGAACCGCCCAUCUUUCCAACGUGCCCUAAAGUGGAGAAUUUGGGACUUCUGUGAUAUCAAUAACAUCCUGGAAGAAAUCACAAAACACUUUAAAGAUACUUUGCUAUCUGGUCUUCAGCUUCAGAAAGCAAACAUAACCCUGGAUCCAAACACGGCUCAUCCCCAAAUCACCCUGUUCCUGGAUGGGAAAACAGCGGAACUAGGCGAACGUUGUCAAGAAUUGCCCAACAAUCCUGAAAGAUUUGACUUACUGGCUGCGGUGCUGGGACAUGAAGAAUUCAAGGAGGGCCGGCAUUUCUGGGAAGUCAACGUAGAGAGUCAGAAAGAAUGGGCAGUGGGGAUUUGUCAGAAGAGUGUGAAAAGGAAGGAUUCGUUCUCCUUGAAUACAGAAGAAGGGGUCAGUAUGCUGGGAAGAUGGAGAGGUAAUUACAGAUUCUCCCUCCCACCUAGUCCUCUUCCUCACAUCCCGGACAAGAAAUUAAAAAGAAUCCGGGUGUGUCUAAACUGUGCUGCCGGGAAGGUUUCGUUUUUUGACGCUGAGACUGGAACUCUGCUCUACUCAACAACUUCCUUUCCAGGAGAGAACGUUCUUCCCUUCUUUUGGCUGGGGUCAUAUGCCCAGCUCAGCCUUUGCCAAUGAGACCUUCCAGUGGGGCCCCUGUAAGAAUUCCAGAUGUUGGCACCAACCCUUGUUUCCCUUUCUUGCAGUUGGGUUUUCUCGAUGUUCAGGAAGAAUGCAUCACACACAUACACACAAUAAAGCAAUA